GUGAAUCUUCACAGACGCCGAAGUUUGAAAAUAAAGAGCAAAAAAUUGAAAUCGAAUCUGAACCUCCAACUAAACUACCUAGUAACCAAAUAAUAGAUCGUUUUUUGCUAUCACCAGAUAGCAAGUACGCAGUGACACAUAGCAGGAAAUCUACUAAAGAAAUGGAUUUUGAAGAAUUAAUUUGUGGAUGGCAGCUUGACCAAGAACAAACAGAAAAUGAAUUACAUCAUCCUAUUUCCUUCAAGCUUGAUAAUUUGAUAAAUCUUAGAGAAUUUCACAUAAACCCCUGGCGAGCAGAGUUAGUUGCAGUUUCAAAUAAUAAACUUGUUGCAAUAGCUGUAAUAACGAACAUGGGCGGCAUUAGAAUGACUGUCCUUAAUCUUGCUAUUAAGAAGGAAGUAAUCCUAAAAUCAUAUCCAUAUUUAGAUGAUACAUAUUCAGAUGAUAUACCAGAUUUUAGAGCUGAAUUUUAUAAUAAUGAAGAUUUCGUAAUGCUACAAAUAAUCAAUAAUUAUUGCCUUAUUCUUAAAGAUUCAUUUAAAAAUUUGCAUAACGAUAAGCAAAGUUGGACAAAACUUUUAAAUAAUAGGGCUUCAACAAAAUUUGAUGGAUUGAUGGAUGAAAAAAUAUAUUACAUGUCAGCGGAAUGUUUAUGGGCUCAAAAGAUUUCUAAAAAACAAUGGAUUGAAUAUUUACAAAAAAGAUCUCAAGAUCCUGAUAAAAUAAGA